AUCGAACCAUGUGGUUCAUGUCGAUAGUCUUUUAUGAUGAUGAGCUCUUUGGUUAGUCAAGAUUAUGAUGCAGAAUCAGGAAGCCAUCAUUCCGCCCCCGGUACUAGUUAUCCCUCAUCAGGUUUGCCUACUUCAGCAACGCAUCGCAGAUUUUCCCCAGCUCGCCGGCUUUUUUGUCUUCUUGCACUCUUCGAUUUCUUGGCCACUUUGUUUAUUUGGAUUUUGUACGCGCAUGGUUUAUGUGGUGAGUUUAAGGAAGUUAUCAAAUCUGAUGUUCAGAAGUACAGUUUUAAAAAAUCUUUGUGUGAUUUAGUGAUGUUGGCAUUGUGGCGGAUGACUGUUCUUCUUCUUGCUUAUGCCCUAUAUGUUAGCCGAAAGUGGUAUGCUGUAGGGUUGACAACUGGCAGCUCAACUGUUUUUCUUCUAGUCAAAGCCAUAUUAAUGAAAUUCACGUCUCCAAAAGAUGGAACCAGCGGAUAUUUGUACUAUGUCCUAGUCUUGUCGUCGCUUAUUUUAUCGUGGGUAGAAGUUUGGGUUUUUGAUUUUAAGGUUAUCCCUGCUGAGACCAAAGAGGAGCAGCGCCAGUUUCGAGAAGAGAGGAGGUCAUUGUUACGAAAUGAAAACCGCAGGCACCUGACUCCUUAUUCGACAAUUUCGGACAAUGCUUUUUACACACCAGAAGCGUCUGAUGAAGAAAGUGAAAAUGAUAGGGAAGAGGCUGGUAAUUUGACCUUGUCUCAAGAGGAUCGAGAAUUUAUUCAGAGAGGGAAAGAUACGAUGGAGAUAACCUGGGAAAGAAUGCGUCUUAAUGAUGGUUGGAAAACGGAAAAAGCUAAGGAUGGAGUUGUUGUAGAAAGUAGAGUGAUUCCGCUACCCGCAGGUGGAAAGAAAAUAUACAGAUUAACGGGCUCUUUAGACGCCAAAGCAGAUGAGGUUUUUAAUCUGGUUAUUAAGCAUCCUGAGGAUGCACACAAAUGGGGAGGAGACAUAACAGCUUCCUUUGUCAUACGUCAAAUUGAUGAAAAUACGGAUAUUGUUUAUAAUUCCACUAGUGAAGCCGGCGGUGGAAUGGUGUCUAGUCGGGAUUUUGUGAAUUUGCGUCGAUGGGAAAAGCGAGGAGAUGUGUUUGUUUCGUGCAACGUAUCAGUUGAAUGUGAUGAGAUGCCACCCAAAAAGGAGCAUGUCAGAGCCGCAAAUGGUCCAGGUGGCUGGGCUAUACGGGAGGCUGAAGGGAAUCCCAGCGGUACUGAAUAUGUUUGGCUGUUCGACGUGGACCUGAAGGGAUGGUUACCGCAGUCAGUAAUUGACGCUGCCAUGUCCUUCAUGUUGUUCCAGACAGGACAAGGAUUAAAGGCUUACAUCCAGGAACAACUCGGCUGAUUGAAGAGGCUAGGCGAGAAAUGAAGGGACACGGCCGCGUGAAAAGAGACCUGGAACCGAAAAAAAACUCUCUGCAAAAUGUCAUAUCAGGAGUGGUACAAUUUUUACAACAAAGCUUAGCGUGGAGACAUAAUUAAUUUGAUACUGUUGGGAUGUAAAACACAGCGUCUGGUCACAGUGAGGCCAAGUCAUUUUCAACCUUCAGCCUAAAUUUUUUAUUUAUGUCUUUUGCAAUCCGCAUCAUUUUUCCUUCGUCUUAAAUGAUCGUAAUUCGUUUUUAAAGUUUUCUCCACUCUCUUGGUAACGGUUAUCUUAAAUUACAUUUUAAUUACAUGAGUCUUCCACAAGGCGAAAAUGGUUGCCGGAUCUCCUGUAAGGAAACGAAGGGUUUUUUUUUAAGGUUUGACUAGUGGAUUUGGUCUUUUAGUUUUCCUCACCCAUGGCGUUCAGGAUGAAAUACCAAAGGAAAUGCUUUUAUUUUUAUAUUUUUGCCCCCGCGACUACUGUUCAUCAGUUUUGAAGUGAUGAGUGUUUUAUUGGUAGAUGGCAACAGACUACGUGAUCGUGCUGUUGGCUUAAUACUUUAAAUUUCAAGUGGUUCGAGUUUUUUUAAGCCGGUGAUUUUUAAAAGGAGUGAUUUAGAUUUAGUGUAGAUGUAGAUUUAGUUUCUUUUGGGGAGGGAAGCGCCCAUUUGUUUCCAAUACCCACGAAAGUAAAACUGUUAAAGUAGAGAAUAAUAUAUGGGAGCGCGUAGAUAUGGAAUUUCUCUUCGAGUGUUCAACAUGAUAGCUAA